UUGAAUAAUGAUGAAGUUGAUAAUAAUGGUCGUGUGAUUCAUUUAAGAGGAUUUGAUGAUUGGGCUCCUCCGCGAAAACAAUGGAUUUUUUCUUUGCAUGCUCAGUGUUAUAGGUUUGGUAUUUCCCUUUUCUUUUGCAAGGAUUUUAAUCCAUUGCACAAAAGAAAAAUUUAUGCUCGUCGUAUGCGUUACUGUGAUUAUUUUGGUCGAUUAUUUUGCCAGAGGUGUCAUCAAGGAUCUAAGACAAAAACUCCUGCUCGUAUCAUUCAUCAGUGGAAUUUUAAGGAAUAUCCGGUUUGCGAUAUGGCAUAUCGUUUCCUUAGUGACAAUUAUUUUCAACCAGUUAUCAAUGCCUCUGCUAUUUUUUGUCGUUUCUAUAACAACAGUCGAUCACUUAAAAAACUACAUGAUUUAAGAAUACAGCUUGUUCAUAUUUGGUCGUAUAUAAAGACGUGUGAACUUGCUAAAACAGUUCAAACAAAUCUUAAUACGAUGUUUACUUCCGUACCAAAUCAUUAUUUAACAGCUUUCGACGUUUUUUCGUUGAGUGAUCUAGAGAAUAUUGAGAACGGUGAAUUAUUUCGACUUAUUCAUCCACUGGUGCAGUAUGGUCAAUUACAUAUCGAAAACUGUGAGAGAUGUAAAGCGAAAGCAUUUAUUUGUGAACUAUGUGCAGAAGAUGAUUUACUUUUUCCAUUUCAACUUAAUAAAAUAUAUCGUUGCAAUGAAUGUGGGUCGCUAUUUCAUGGAAAAUGUGCUAAAAAAUUGAUUAAAUCAUUGAUUAAAUGUCCGAAAUGUAUUCGAAUUGAGAUUAAUUUGUUAGUUUUCAUUCAAUUCCAUUUCAAAAUAAUUUAUUGA